AAUUUAAGAAUGCAUGUAACGAUUGAUCAUCCCCACCCCUGCACAAGUUAGGAUUUUGCAGAUGUGUGAGCUAAAAAUACUGUAGAAUAUAAAAGUGUGAUUUAUUCCCACCAAUACAAAUAUCCAACUGAGAAAAUAUUGCUAACGGACUCGAUACAUGUAAAAUUAUACCAACCCCCGUAUGUGAAGCCCGAAUGCUCUUAAGAACGACUGCUGUGUGUCGGCAUUGCCCUUUUCCUGGAGAAUGUCGAAUGAGAGAAAACGUGGACAAAAGUCAGUGUUUGUUACCGUGGGCACAACACAGUUUGAGAAGCUUAUCAACGCUGUCUGCAGAUCUGAUGUUCUUACAACACUUCUCAGUUUAGGGUACAGAAAAGUUAUAGUUCAGAUAGGACACGGAAGGGAUCCUGCCAUAGAGAGAGUUCCUGGAAUAGAAGUGGAGGUCUACAGGUUAAAACCUAGCAUAGCUGAGGACAUCAAUCAAGCAGACUUGAUCAUCAGCCACGCUGGUGCUGGAAGCUGUUUAGAAACUCUUGCAGCCAAAAAACCACUUCUUGUUGUCAUCAACGAUGAUUUAAUGAACAAUCAUCAGCUAGAGCUAGCGUAUCACCUCAACAAAGACGGACACCUGUACUACUGCAACACAAGAAAUUUAGCGGAGACGCUCUUGUCAGCAGACUUUUCCAGAUUAAAACCUUUUCCUCCAGGCGAGCCACAAAAGUUUGGGCAUUUCCUGGACAGUCUGUUUGGAUUCAGUGACAAAAAGCAUUCCUAAAAAGAGUCUCUACCAUAUACUGAUCCUUACGGUAUCUGUCAUCUUCCAGAUAUGUUGCUACAGCGAUUUUGUUUGGGAAAGAGAGGAGUACAUUCAUUCUGGUGUGUUGUGAACAAAAAUACGAGGGAAAUUCACCAGAAUGCAGCGAUUCAAAACUCCAAAAGGCAAUGGAUCUUCAGAAAAGAUAUUUGGAAAGGGCAGUUUAAGAAUAUGCUGAGAACAUGUGCUUUGUCAGGUGAUCCUUUCAACAGAUCUUUUACAACAGAAAACAGGCUGUGUCACAAACAACAGGCUAUAGAGAAUGGAGAAGGAAGUGAUGUCCCUGCGGUUAAAGGAACUCUGGUGUCUAAAGAUGAGCAGGAUAAUGCAGUUGGACGUCCUAAAUCUGAAUACAAAUGUUUCUAUUAUUUCCCACCCAUAAACAUCAUCCGACUGGUGCAGAGAUUUCAGUUACUGGUGUAUGGGACCCUGCUGCCGGCCAGCUUGCUCUACAUUUACACCGUUCCCUCGCCUUCGCUUCAAAUGAUACUGUUUGCGGCUACUAAUGUACUUUUGAUGCCGGCAGUUUUCUUUAUGAUGCCAAAUAUGAUCGGGAGUUUGUCAGCUGGAGGAACAAGUGACAUUGUGGACACACUCAAAGUCUCGAGAUUGUCUUUCUUCGGCAAUAGAAAGGAUACAUAUUAUAAGAUAGAGCAUGUCAAGCCAUUGUCGGAGGUUAGGCAUGCAAAUAUUGUGUAUGCAAAAUUUGAACUUUACAACAAAAAAGAGAAAUUUUAUUUGUUUCAUUCUUAUGCGAAGAUUCUUGAUAGAGAAAUGUUUGAAAUUAUAAUGGGACGACUCAAAGAAUGAGAUAUUAUUUGAUAGAUAUUGUUAUAUUUACUGUUUUGAAGUGAUGCAAUUCCAAUAGAUGUACUUUUACAUGUGUUUCUGAGUCUGUGCAUUUCAUACAUAUGAUUCAGUUCUCUUUACAAUAUAAGAUUUUUUUCACUCUGUACAUAUGAGACAAAACUGAUUGUUCUUGCAAUGCAUUACAGUUGUUAAAGAUUA